AUGAGAUUAGACAAAAAUGCUACUAGAGUUGACACGACGGGAACCAACACAAAAAAGAAACAAAUGAGUGGCUUUUAUAUAUUUAGCUGCUCAAUUUGGGCAUUUCUUCAUUUUGCUAAGGCUGAAGUGGAUUCUGACACAAAUGUUCUGGAGUCGUCUACCUCAUACACUGCCAUCAUGGCCAUUGUGGGGGUCAGUGUAAUCACUUUGGCUGUGAUUUGCUGGACACUGACUUUCUUCUGUACUGAUUGUUAUAAUGCUGAAGUGGACAGUACAAGCCACCCUGCCUGUCAGUCAUCAGGAAUUGGUGUUGCCCUAUCCAGUCAAGCAGUCCAAGAAGAAAGAUUGGAUCUGAACAACAAGUAUUCAUAUGGCCCACCCAACCAGCAACCAUCACAUUUCCAUCAAUAUCAACCACCAGCCUCAAAUGUACCUCCACAAUAUCAGUAUUCCAACCUGACAAAUAACAGUCACUAUAGUAACAUGCAUCCCAAACCAUCAGCCCCUACCAGGCAACUGGAUGCUCAGGGCUAUCAGAAUUACCAUAGUUAUAAUGCAAUGCAUGGAUACAACCAUCAAACUCCACUGUCCACCCCAUACCCAAAUUUAUCUUGA